CAAUGGCAAGAGUGAUCCUUACUGUGUGAUCAAAGUGGACAACGUGGUCAUAGCACGGACUGCAACCGUCUACAAGACCUUGGACCCGCUAUGGGGUGAGGAAUUCAUCUUACACAUGCCCAGUGGCUUCCAGAUGCUGAGUUUCUACAUCUACGAUGCUGACAAAGUCAGCGGAGAUGAUAUCAUUGGCACAGCCUCCGUCACCAGGGAUUACCUGAAUGAGAACAAGAACCCAAAAGGUCUAGAGAGCUGGCUGCCAUUACAGAAAGCCAACAAAGACCUGGAGAUCCAGGGGGAGAUGCUUUUGGAGUAUGGCAUACGGACAUCGGAGGCAACUGGGCAGUCGUUUGUGUUUGUGACAGUUAUGGAGGGACGUGAUCUUGCACCAAAAGAUAAGACCGGCUAUUCAGACCCCUAUGUAACUGUGACAUGUUUUGAUGAGACCAAGGCCACCUCAAAACAAAAGAAGACUCGAUUUCCGGAGUGGAAUGAAACUUUAGAGUUCUUGCUGCCUGAAGACACUUGUAUAGCAGACCUGAGUGUCAUUGUGACAGUGUGGGACAAGGACAACUUCAGCAGUGAUGAUUUCAUGGGCCAGAUCCACUUGAAUUCUGAAGAUGUGACUCAUGGCACAGUCAGAAAUUGGCAUGCUGUGGCCAGACGACCAACCAGCGACCGCUGGGCUCGAAGGGCCAGCCGUAUAGACAGAGGGAAGAUUCGAGUGAAACUUCAGUUACUGGAGGAGACUGUCCUGCCUUCCUCUUGUUACAGACCCCUCGUUGAGCUACUGGCAGGUGCUGUUAAGAGCAAAGAUCUUGGGCAGUUGUUAUGGGACUCCUUAGAACAAGACCGGACGAUAGAGCUGGGAGCCAUUGCCAUGUCCCUGGUGAGGUUCUAUCUAAGCCAGGAGUUGAUAUUUGAGUACUUGGAUGCCGUCAUUCUCCGAGAUAUUGCCAGAACGGACGAUGUCAACACUUUAUUUCGGGGAAAUACCCUCGGCACCAAAUCUGUGGACAAUUUUAUGAAGGUUCUGGCAAUGCCCUACCUACAGAAGGUUCUGCAGCCUACCAUCGAUCGUAUCAUCAAUGAGAAGAAAGCCAUAGAACUGGACCCCUUUAAAGUGAACAGUUUGCGCAGUCGGCGUCACAGCCUGCACAGAGAGUCCGAGGAGAGUUUUGUUAACCACAGUCUGGAGGCAAUCGAAGAUUACAUCAACCACAUCAUCAACAGUAUUGUCGGUUCCGUCACCUACUGCCCACAGGUUCUGCGACGAGUGUUGAGAAAUAUUCAGAUCAGAGUCCGGGAGAAGUGGCCAGAGGAGGUGUUUGAGGAUGUUCCUUACACGGCUGUCAGUGGAUUCAUUUUUCUCCGAUUCUUUGCGCCAGCCGUCAUGUCACCCAAGUUGUUUUCUCUUAGUGACCAGCACCCAAACAGCAAGGUUAUACGCACAUUUACUUUACUUGCAAAGAUUGUACAGAGUAUUGGCAACCUAACACCUGGCCAGCAUGGGAAAGAGCUGUGGAUGGAACCGCUAACCCCUCUCAUCACACAGAAGAUCACAGAAGUCAAGGAGUACCUAGAUGCAGUUGUCAAUGUUGGAGAUUUCUCAGCUUCCCAUCGUUACCUGGUGAGACAACAGAGCAAUGAGACCAUUCUGAUUCAGGGGCACCUGUACAAGUGUCACUACCACUGCAAGCGACUCUUCCGUCCCAUUGUGCUGAAGAAAUGCUAUUUCUAUCUCACCCGUGUCAUGCUGUGUUACAGAAAGACUCCUGAAGAUGAGGACACGAUGGUGAUGGUUGAGAAUAUCUGCGCUGUGGAGAAACUAGACUACGGAGCUUUGGGCAAGUCCAACAUGGGCCAGAUCAUCCACAAGACAUCCGAUGAGAACACUGCUAUUAUUUACUUCCAAGCCAAAGAUGUGAAUGAAUUAACUGCCUGGAUUUCUGCAAUCAGAAAAACCUGUAAAUACAAUGUUUGCCGAAUCGAGACUUUUCAUCCGGGCGUCUUCAAGGGAGAUAAGUGGAACUGCUGUAGGAGGGAACAGGAUACAGCCGCCGGCUGCAGUCCGACCUACCACGGAGUGGUCCUCGGAGAUUGGCAGGAUCCGCUAGAUCCAGAUGUUGAUGCUCAGAUUAUCUAUAGCCAGAUAGCAAACAGUAAAGAUAAGAUCAGAAAAAUUCAGCAUGACCUCAGAAUGGCCAUUGCUGGCAAAGAUCCCAAAGAACCUGGUGUAGCAUCAGAAGCUAGCUCUGCAGCAAUGGCCAGCCUGGCAAUGGUCUCAGGACUUCUGGACGUCACGGAGCAGGUGGCCAUGUCACACGAGACUUUCAUCGAGUCCAGCCCCAGACUUUGCCAGGCAUCUCGAUCUAGGAGUGUCAGCAGCAGUGUCAGUGGGGAGGAACCGUUCUAG